AUGCUGCUGGAUGAGGGCCACGAGAGACUCUAUGUGGGGGCCAAGAACACCCUGUACUCCCUGAGCCUGGACCGGGUUAACACGCACCACAGAGAGAUUCAUUGGGCCACUACUGAGUCACAGGUAGAGGAGUGUUUGAUGAAGGGAAGGGAGAAGCCAGAGUGUGCGAACUACAUCAAGGUAUUGCAGCAGUACAAUCAAACACACUUGCUGGCGUGUGGGACAGGAGCCUUUAACCCUGUUUGUGGCCUGGUCAGGGUGGGACACACAGGGCAGGACAGGCUGUUUAGUCUGGACAAGGAGAGCAUUGAGAGCGGGAGAGGACGCUGCCCGUACGACCCCAACAGCCCCUGUACCUCCACACUGUCCAGGGGAGAGCUGUAUAUUGGCCUGUAUACAGACUACUGGGAGAAUGAUGGAGCUUUGUGUCGCCUGAACAACCAGACCUACACACGCACCGAGCGAGAUGACAGACAGCAGCUCAGUGAACCAAAGUUUAUUGGGUCGGCUGUUAUCCCUGAUAACGAUGACAGGGAUGAUGAUAAGGUUUACUUCUUCUUCACGGAGCGAGAGAUGGAUGCUCAAGGGGUGAACAAGGCUGUUUUCACACGUGUGGGGCGAGUCUGUGCGAAUGACCAAGGAGGACAGAGGAUGCUAGUAAAUAGAUGGAGCUCCUUCCUGAAAACUCGUCUCAUCUGCUCUGUGGCUGGGCCCAAUGGCAUCGAUACACACUUUGAUGAGCUUGAGGAUGUGUUUGUGCUCAAGAAUAAGGACAAGAAGAAUCCAGAAAUAUUUGGCCUCUUCAGCACAACAAGCGCUGUGUUUAAGGGCUACGCUGUGUGUGUCUAUCACAUGGAUGACAUCAGAGCAGCCUUCAAUGGUCCAUUUGCCUACCGGGAGAGACCUGAGCAUCACUGGACUCCCUACGAAGACAGGGUCCCCUAUCCUCGGCCUGGAUCUUGUGCCAGCAAGGUGAAUGGCGGUGGCUUCUCCAGCUCGAAGGAGUUUCCUGAUGAGGUUUUGCGGUUUGUGCGCUCCCAUCCUGUGAUGUAUCGCCCGGUGCGUCCCCUGCACCGCAGACCUGUCCUGCUGCAGACAGAGCCAGGCAGAAGAAAGCUCACUCAGAUUGCUGUGGACAGGGUCCAGGCGCAGGAUGGGCACUAUCAUGUCCUAUACAUCGGCACUGAUGACUCACUGGUGUUGAAAGUGAUCACCAUCUACAACAAAGACACAGAUACUGUGGAGGAGGUGCUGUUGGAAGAGCUGCAAGUAUUCAAGGUGCCAGCGCCAAUAACAGAGAUCAUAAUAUCAGCUAAAAGGCAACAGCUGUAUGUGGGGUCGGAGGUGGGUGUGGCUCAGGUCAGACUGCAUCAGUGUGACCUGUACGGCUCUGAAUGUGCUGAUUGCUGUCUGGCCAGAGACCCCUACUGUGCCUGGGAUGGCCUCACUUGCUCCAGAUACUACCCUGCUGGAGUCUACACCAAGAGACGAUUCAGGCGGCAGGAUGUUCGCCAUGGCAACGCCGUCCAGCUGUGCAAUGGGCUGCAAAUUGAUGAUGAGCAGUGGCACAGGGCUGAGGAGAGGCUGGUAUAUGGAGUGGAGAACAACAGUACUUUGCUGGAGUGUACCCCCCGAUCACUGCAGGCAAAGGUUCUCUGGUUCCUCCAGAGAGGAGGAGACAAACAAGAGGUUCAAAGUGAUGAGCGAGUUAUCAUGACCUCCCAUGGGCUGCUGUUCUUGCGUGUGAGAAGCUCUGAUGCUGGUGUGUACGUGUGCCAGACAGUAGAGCAUGGCUACGUGCACACGCUGCUGCGCAUCACUCUACACGUGCUCAGAGGGGAGAGGGUGGAGUCAGUGAUACACAAGGGGGAGAGAGCCGAAGACGGGGAUGGAGAGAAAGCUGCAGCUCCCUGUCGCUCCUCCAUGGGCCCUCACUCCAGGCUGUGGUACAAGGAGUUUCUCCAGCUGAUUGGCUACGGGGAUGCCCAGAGAGUAGAGGAGUACUGUGAGAGAGUGUGGUGCUCUGAUAAAAAACGCAAAAAGACAAAGAGGAGGUAUGUUCCUGCAGGGGGUGAGAAGAGAGGGAAAGGAAGGGGAGAGGAGAACUCCCACAGAGCUCCCAGGCACACCCUGGACACCUGAGGAGAACAGAGACUAAC